AUGUCUGGGAUUGGAAGAGAGCUCGAGUAUUGGGAAAAUCCAAAUGAGUUUUUGCCUGAGCGAUGCUUGAAUAUUAGUGUAGAUAUGAAAGGGAAAGACUUUCAACUGAUACCAUUUGGAGCUGGCCGAAGGGGCUGCCCUCGAUAUUCUCUGGGACUAGCAAUGGUGGAAGUUGGACUUGCAGUCUUCUCCUGUUCUACUCCCCGGUACUUCAUAAGGGGUCUAAAAACUAAUUUCCCCUCAAUCCCUCUCUUUUUCUACCCUAACUUCUUCAGGCGGCAAACAAAAUGCACCACCCAUUCAAUUUUUUCUUACAUCUUAUCCCACAUUCGCAGCCAACGUAAGAGCAAGGGUGGUGAUUGGGAGACUGCUGAGCUAAUUAGGCAUAUUAUCAGAGGAAGAUACCCUACAAGGGGCGAGAGUAUUAGACAAAGAGAUUCUGGAAUUUUCUCAAAUUCUACAGAUCAUCUACUCUCAGAUUCAAAGGAUAAAUUGUUGCCAGAGUAUUCAUUCUCUUCAAAGUGGAAUGUCGAUUUUAACCUUUCUAGAGUAGCAAUGCAUGUAUUAGUUGUAUAUCGAGAUCAACUAGAUAGCUUGAGAGAUGAUCAUUUUGUAUGGCAACCAUAUCCUCAACACAUUUUAGAGACAUUGCCUCAGUGUUGUUUGGCUAGUUCUGAAUUGUAG